UAUUCUCUCGAAGCUUAAGUUCCAGGAUCCCGUGUCUUUCGCUGACCCUGACUUUCGACUACUGGAUCCAGCUCAUUCCUCAUUCUUAUUUCACACCCCUCACUUCAGGGUAUUGAACUCCCCUAUAUAUACCCCCGCACACAUGUAGAAUAAUACAUACACUCGUCACACAAACGUGCUCUUCUCAAUUCACAAAUGGCUUCAAUUGCUCCUCAUCCCGCCCUGAUCUUCUUACUAGUUCUAGCUGUUUCUAGCGCUUUAGCUAAGGGGAACUUCUACCAAGAUGUCGACAUCACGUGGGGCGACGGCCGCGCCAAGAUCCUCGACAACGGGCAGCUCCUCACCCUCUCCCUCGACAAGUCGUCGGGCUCGGGCUUCCAGUCCAAGAGCCAGUUCUUGUUCGGCCAGUUCGAUAUGCAGAUCAAGCUCGUGCCCGGGAAUUCUGCGGGGACCGUCACCACCUUCUACUUGUCGUCGCAAGGGUCGAUGCACGACGAGAUCGAUUUCGAGUUCCUCGGCAACCUUAGCGGAGAUCCGUAUAUUUUGCACACCAAUAUUUACUCUCAAGGAAAGGGGAACAGGGAGCAGCAAUUCUACCUGUGGUUUGAUCCUACCAAGGAUUUCCACACCUACUCUGCCCUAUGGAAUCCUACACAUAUUGUUUUCUUUGUCGACGGAACACCGAUAAGAGAGUUCAAGAACAACGAGAGGAUCGGCGUGCCGUUCCCGAAUAGCCAGAUGAUGAAAGUCUACUCGAGCUUGUGGGACGGGGAGGACUGGGCAACGAGGGGCGGGCUCGUGAAGACCGACUGGUCGCAGGCGCCGUUCACGGCGGCCUUCCGCGGGCUCAGCACCGACGGGUGCACGUCGGGCAUCGCCGCGUGCUCGAAAGCGAACAAUCCGUACAUGUGGCAGCAGGAUCUCGACUCCGCGAACCAGCAGAAGCUCAAGUGGGUGCAGAAGAACUACAUGGUGUAUAAUUACUGCACGGAUGUGAAGAGGUUUCCGCAGGGGCUACCCCCUGAGUGCUCGGCCAAUUAGAAAGUAGAAUUUGUGUUCGUAUCUAUUAUUUGUUCGUGAUUGGUUUAUUUUUAUUCUGUUUUGUGUGUAUACAAAAUAAAUGUUGUAUUCGUAUGUGUAUAUGUAAUAAAAGUUUUUAAGUAUUAAGAAUACAGUUUUGGUGUAUA